AUGCUUCCUCAAGAGAACCUCAAACCCGGCGCGCCUGGACCAACGAUCCACGACUUGAAGAUGACUUCUUCANAAACCGCUCUCAGCUAUGCCAGUGACUGGGGCGCCGACGCUUUGACUCGCCUUUGUGAGACGCACGGCAUUCACAUCGGCUCCAUCAAUGACAAAGAGAGCCUGCUCGCUAUGCUGGAAAAGUCUCUCACUCAACCUGUUGUGUACGAUGGAUUCGAGUUGCAGGAUCUGACCAACUUCAUCGAGGUCAGGGGCUUGGAUCCAAAUCGAUCUUCCACCAACGCCAUCACAACCAAAUCAAGCUCGCAGAAUGCAUCCCAUCUGAAGCAAUCAGAAUGGCAGGAGAAGACCAUGCUUGGCGACAUCGGCUAUCUGUCUACUAAGCGUAACUUCGAGAGUGACAUAACACCAGUGGCACGUUCGCACGGCAGUUAUUCCAUCAACACAUCGACAAAGCUCAUGACUGUUCUCGAUGGCUUCAAGACUGUUCUCAGUGGUUUCAAGACUAUAUCUCCACCGGAAGACCAGCUUGCCGUGAUGGCCCCAAGUCUUUCUGAGCCUGAUCAAAGCAAGAGCGUCUUGAUCGGAUUGCUUGAGACAGCUGAUCAGAACGCUUGCUUCAACUUCCUCGGCCUUCCUACGGAGAUCCGGCAACAGAUUUACCAUCUCACCUGCCGUGCAUCUCUAACUGUGUUUCACCCUAAGCGGCAGCCUGCUAUCACAAAGACAUGUCGUCUGACGCGCUCGGAAGCAUUGCCAAUCUACUACGGAUACAACCGGUUCGGAGUGGUGUUUAAUCCAGUGCACAUAAGGAAUCAAUACAGUUUAUGGAUGAAGAGUAUUCCAUCGGCAGAUCUAUCACUGAUCCGGUCGUUUGAAUUCGUAGAUGUCGAGCAUGAGAAGGUCAUCGAACUCGAUAUCAGGCCACAUGGGAAGAUCCGAUAUCACUUCAAGAUGAGGAAACUUCCCAGCAAGGAAGUCACGCGUCGUAAUCGUGACCCUAGCUUGCGUCUUGGUGGCUUUGUCAACCAGUAUGCAAUUACUCUGGAUCGAUUCAACAAGUACGUUUCUGCACUGGCGUUGGGCAUGCCAGAUCUUCAUUCAGAUGACUACUUCGAGCUCAAGAAUCAUGUGGCAGACCGCAUCCUAACGACCAUCGACAAGGAAAUCUUGAGAGCAAGUGAGCGGAGAGCACGCUAUGGCGUCGUCGAGUACAAAUGGCCGUCAGGUCGUAGUAUAUUCUUCCCAGGUGAGCUCUCAGUCGAAGACUGGGAGCUGCUUCAGAGGGAGUGGGAAACAGCCCAAGGCUUCUCCGUCAUGGGUCUCAGAGCUCUGAUAUAUGCUCUUUACUCUCGGUAUUUCUGGUUGAACUUUUUUGUUUGGAGCUCGUGGUGA